GAAGGGAGAUUCGCUCGAACCGUCGAGAGCGUGAGCGAGCGUCGCCAUAUUGUUCGUGAGCGUAGUGCGAGUAGGUCGAUUUUUCCGUAGAGCUACCUGCGGACGGGCGCGCGCGUUACCGUCACAGGCGGAUGGUGUGUGUGUGGAAAUUGAAUUGAGUUGAGUGGCUGUUCUGUUGGUGCUGUGAAAACGAGCCGAUUUUGAAGUGGAAAACUUACCUACUUGCCUCUUGUCACACACACCCCCCCCUUAUUGCUAGGUGGAGAGUGGAGCAAGUGUGGUGCAAGUGUGCGUGUGUGUAGUGGAAAGAAAAACGCGUUAUUUUCGGUUCCACGAGGAGCAGAAUACUCGCCGUCGCAGCUAAAAAUCGUGAGUGAGUGAGAGCGGGCAGUGUGAAUUGUGAGCAAUAGCAAUAACAAAAAGUGCAAUAAAAGAAGAAGAAGAAGAGGCAGAGAAAAGGAAAAGCAAAAUCACAGUGUGCGGAAAUUUUGUUUGAGAUUGCUCCCCCCGCGGUGGCGUGAGAGAUAGUUGUGUCGCUCUGCGUGUGUGUGUGUUAGUAGUGUGUGCUGAGAGGAAGGCAUUUGAUUAUAGAAGCGAAGCAAAACGUCAACAACACAAACGGGAGCCUGAAUGACGAUGUCGCUCCCGAUUAACUCGCUGUACAGCCUGACCUGGGGCGACUACGGCACCUCGCUGGUGUCCGCAGUUCAGCUGCUCCGGUGCCAUGGCGACCUGGUGGACGUCACACUGGCCGCCGGUGGCCGGAGCUUCCCCGCGCACAAGAUCGUCCUGUGUGCCGCCAGCCCGUUCCUGCUCGAUCUGCUGAAGAACACACCGUGCAAGCAUCCCGUCGUAAUGUUGGCCGGCGUCAACGCGAACGAUCUGGAGGCGCUGCUGGAGUUCGUGUACCGGGGCGAGGUCAGUGUGGACCAUUCGCAGCUGCCGUCGCUGCUGCAGGCCGCCCACUGUCUCAACAUCCAGGGCCUGGCGCCCCAGACGGUGUCGCACAAGGACGACAACACGACGUACACCACGUCGAUCCAGCUGCACCCGACGCUCGUGCCCCAGAACCACGUCAAGGCGGUGAUCGACGUGGGCAACAAUGUUUGCACGACGGAAGAACUGAUCACGACACUCGGACCCACCCAAACCGUGCAGGCGCAGGUUAUCGAAACCAUCACACCGGACCAGAUGUCGGACGAGGUGACGAAGGACGUGAUUAGCCAGUUUCUGCCGACCCGCAAGCGCAAGCAGCGCACCAAGAAAACGGCCAACCAGGGACAGGCGGGCGCAGCGGCGAACAGUGCCGGCGGCACCCAGGCAGCCAAGGUAAUGAAAACGACCGACGAGGAUGGCACCACGAUUCAGGUGAUUGUGAACAACCCGGACGAAGCGACCCCGGCCACCCCGAAGGACAUCAAGAAGGAAACGAACGCGGACGGCACACCGGUAGACACGAAGGAAGGCAUCAUCAAAAUCAAGAGCAAAUCGCAAUCGGAACAACCGGCAACCUGCCCGAUCUGUCAGGCCGUUAUUAGACAGUCGCGAAACCUGCGCCGGCAUCUGGAGCUGAGACAUUUCAAGAAACCGGGCGUAAAGAAGGAGCGCGUACGGAAGAGCAAGAAAGGACAAGCUGCAAACGCAAACCAGGCAAACGGAGGCAACGGCACAAACCCAGGCAACGGUACGGUAGUCGCGGGCGAUCAGGUCGGACAGCAAGCGCAGCAGGUCGUACAGCAGCAGGCCCAACAGCAGCAGGUACAGCAGCAGGCCCAACAGCAGACAACGAUCGACUCGACCGGCACGAUAUCCGUCACCGUUUCCCAGGCCCAGGCACAGCAGAUCGAGCAGGCAGCCGCCAACGGACAGCAGCACGUGGUCACGCAGCACGAAAACGCGGACGGCACCACCUCGCUCUCGAUCGCACAGGUACAAACGCUCGAUGGCCACCAGCUCGCAAUUGGAAAUCUCAAUCAGGAGGAAACGGGCGAGAUGGUGGAACAACAACAGCAGCAGCAGCAUCAGCAGCAGCAGCAACAACAACAACAGCACGGUUCCAACAACGGCGUUGUUGGACCGAUCGUGUUGCACGAGGAUGAUGUUGGUGGCGAUGGCGGUGUUGGUGGUGGUGGUUGUGGUGUUGGCAGUGGUGGUGUUGUAAACCACGUGGAAGAGGUCGAGGAGGAUGAUGAUGUGCGGGAGAUAGUGAUGGAUGCGGGUUCGGUCGUGGCCGUCCGGCAAGCCGAUGAGAUGAUGGUAGGCGCAGGGGACGUCAGUGGCGACACGACGGACGGUGUGAUCAUCGACGCGACGACGGACGAUGAGGAGGAGCUGCUACUGCACCAUCAUCAUCAUCACCAUAGCCACCAUCAUCAUCAGCAGGUGUUGCAGCAUGCACUAGAGGUGGAUGAAGACGAUCAUCAUCAUCAUCAUCAGCAGCAGCAGCAUGUGGUGAACCAACAGCAACAGCACGACGAUCAUCAUCAUCAUCAUCAUCACGUGCAUCAUGUGGUGGAGGAGGAGGACGAUGUGGAGGAGCUCACCGGGGUGGUGGAGGAGCUGGAGGAGGAGGAAAUUGUACAGCAGUUCGAUGGGUCAACGGUGGUGACCGUUACGACGGCACGGGGCUCGCGAAGUGCGCACCAUCACGGCGGUGCUGGUGGCAUUAGCUUCGUGACGACCGAGUUGCCCCUGUCGUCGUCGUCCGGUCGUCGCCGGAUCGUUCGCCGGACGCUCGGCAACGUGCUGGAGGACGAUGUAGUGAUUGGUGACGCCGGCGACGGCAGCACGAUCGUGGAGGUGUCGGCUGGAGCUAGCACUAGCAAGCAAAGGCACGACGGUGGUGCAGCUAGUACUGCGGAAAGUAGUACGGGCGGAGGCACAGGUGCCGCUGGUGAGGAUGGUAGUGCGGAAGCAGUAGAAGGAGAAGCGCUCGAAGGUGCUGGUGGCGGUGGUGGUGGUGGUGGCGGCGGCGGUGGUGGAGAUCAUGCCGGUUUGCCAUCGUCCUACAAGCAUUUCUUUAUCCUCUAAAGGAGAGCACACGACAAGCACGCAAUGUCGUCGAUGCUGGUGUGUUGAUGGUUGGAUAAGCAACGAGGGAAAGAGAUAGAAAGUGUGUUGGCAAUGUUUGUAUAGAUUUUAAUUAACUCCUCUCCGUUGUUUCGUUUCACGUCGCCCUUUUAAACGACCCGUUUAUUUUUACUUGUAACUUGUUAGAAUUUUGCUAGGCAAUAGGUUUUACUUGUGCUGGGUAGAAGGUACCUCAAAACAACUCACUCACCCUUGUAGGGAGGGAAAAAGAGAGAGGAGGUAUAUAUGUUUAUUUUUUUACAUCGAUUAUUUCAUUCUUAAUUGGAGCUUUAGGUUGUAAGCGCGCGCUGCUGAUCCGUUGCGUGCUGGAUAGUCGUCAAACAUACGCGCGCGCACAGUGCAACAGUGCACCAACCCCGUGCCGUGUCACAAUCUGUCGAGAUCGAGGAGCACAACCGUUUCAAGUUAAUGGUAGUAUGGAUUCGAAAUUCGAAUUUCUAGCUGUUGUUCGUGCAGGGCGAACAUGAAAAAGCAAACAUGUUACAUGUGUUGUUAGCGUGCGAUCACUUCAUAAUUUCCCUUUUCGUCGGGUAUCGCGGUACAUUUUAGUCACACUUUUCCCCCCUUUUUUGUUUUGAGGCGAAUAAUUUGCCCUUACAAACAAACAGCAGCAGCAACCAACCAAUAUUGUACAUAUAUAGAGAAGAAGUUGUAUGCCACACACCGACACAUAAAAGGCAGAAGAAAAAGCAACAUAUUAACCCCCGAUUUUUAUGACGGUGUAUAGAAAGUAACAAUCGGCAAUGCUAUAUAUUUCAAUGUAAAUCGGCAAUGCUACACUGAGAGUAUAAAGGGCGCCCGUGUGGAGUUGGUGUAAACGAGUUUUAGUAGCGCAAAACCAAGCGCACUAACCUUCUCUCAGACCCUUAGACAAACCGGGCGCAUAUGGGCGCUGCUACGGCAUUUUUUUUUGGAGAUUAGAAUCAAAAGCGAAGAGAAGAGGUAGAGAGUAAAGAGAAAAUGCGGGGAAAUGCGGGUGGCAUAAGGGUAGUUGAAAUGUUGUAUGGUUUCAGUUUUCCAAUUGAAGGAAUUAUCAUUUUAAUUUUAUUUUUUGCUAAAAUGUUUAGCUCAAAGUCAGUUCCGCGUUUAGCGAUCGGGGCAAAUUAAAGAUAAGAAGAGACCAGUUUUGUCAACUCUAAAUCGUAGUCUUUUCGCAUACGAUUUCGAUAAUGAGAUAGAGAGAAAGAGAGAGGUAGAAAGAUAAAAACAAACUUUUGCAAUUCGUUAUUCGAUAUUCUCGAUGUCUGCAAUGGUGUCCAACGAUGACUCUUUUAAAGUAGCAAAAUAUCAUACCAACGAUCGACCAUUAUGGAAGAGGGAUCGUUAUUACGUGCAACAAAAAGAAAAUAGGGGAAAACCAAUCCAAUCCAAUGUUAGUAAAAUAAAUUCGACUUAAUGUGCAUGAGUUCGCGAUUUCGUACCGUA